AUGGUACACGAUUGGAAUGCACGUAACAAGCAGAAUAAAGAUUCUAUCCCAUGGUUUCCACGCCGAAUCAAGGACAUCGACCAGUUCGCAAAUCGAAUUUUGAGCUAUGGAGCCGAGCUGGAUUCUGAUCAUCCGGGUUUCAAAGAUCCUGUCUAUCGAGAAAGACGCAAGUACUUCGCCGACAUUGCCUUCAACUUUAGAUAUGGCGAUCAGAUACCACGAAUUGAAUACACUCAGCAAGAAAUCGAAACCUGGCGCGUCGUCUAUAACGAACUCGUCUCCCUCUAUCCAACUCACGCAUGCAAGGAGUUCAACUACAUCUUUCCACUACUUCAGCAAAACUGCGGCUUUAGGCCCGAUAACAUCCCACAGCUUCAGGACCCGCAGACUACCACUAUCCGCCCGGGAGAUUUUCUUGCUGGCCUCGCGUUUCGGGUUUUCCACUCUACGCAGUACAUACGUCAUCAUUCCUCACCGAAGUACACACCAGAGCCCGACAUUUGUCAUGAACUCCUCGGUCAUGCACCUCUCUUCGCUGACCCUGAAUUUGCUCAGUUUUCUCAAGAAAUUGGCUUGGCGAGUCUUGGAGCCUCAGACGAAGUGAUCAAGCAGCUUGCCACGGCUCUACUGGUUCAACAAAUCGAGUUUGGAAUAUGCCUACAAACGGCGAGAAAAAAGCUUACGGAGCUGGUCUCUUGUCAUCUUUUGGUGAACUACAGUACUCCCUCACCAGUUGUAGCGCCAUUCGAUCCAGCUGUCACGUCGACAACUGAUUAUCCAAUCACUGAAUAUCAACCGAAGUACUACCUCGCUGAUUCCUUUACCAGUGUGCCAAGAACAAGCUACAGGCUUGGGCCUCAACGAUUCCACGUUCGUUCCAAGUCCGCUAUAAUGCUUACACACAACGAAUUGAAGUACUUGACAGAGUCUCCGAGCUGCAGAGGAUGGUCAGAGAAAUCAAAAGCGAGAUCAUCACUCUCGAGGAUGCUCUUGGAAAAGUCAGUGCUACAACUCAAUGAAAUCUCCACCACGCUACUGUAUACUGAUAUCGAUUCGAACAAUGAAAUUUGCUCAAUAAAAAUAGGUUUUUCGCUUCGGACAAAAGUAUAG